AAAUUUUUUCAAAUUGUGUAAAAAAUAAAAAAAUUCACGGUUCCUGUUACCGCAACCAUUACACUAUGGCCUUUACACCCUGCAACCGCAACCGCGCUACUGCCACCAUUACGGCGACCACAACCGCUUUUCAGAACCUUGGGUGAAACUAAUAAAACGAUUUGAAUUGGUCCAAUGCCUAUGGUUUGGUCCGGUUUUUGAGAGGAGGUUAGGUUCCAAGUGAUUAAAAACUGUUGGUUUGGAAAAUGUUAGAAAAUUUUGAUGUAUCUAUACACAUUUUGUAAAAGUUGUUUGGAAAAUAUUAUAAAAUUUUUAAGUAUGGUUGUAAAUAUUUUGGAAUGCUUUUAUAGGUAGAUAUCAGUUUUUUCAUUGAACUAAAUAGUUUGAAUAUUGUGAUGAAUUUUCUAGCCUGUAAUCAUAGAUUGAACCGGAAUCAAGCCGCUUUGUUCUGUUUGGUUCCAAAAGUUCAUGCUUCAGUUUGGUUCCUAAAUUUCUAGAACUGUUAAUACUAGGUAGAUACUUAGUUCACCUUAAAAUUUUGAACCAAACCAGUCUGUUAACACCCCUAUCUUCUUCUUUGACCUUUGUUAUCAUGGCGCGUGGAUUGCAACUCAUCAAAUUGGAAUUGUCCUCUUAGAUAUGGUGUCCAUGACAUGGAAGGAAGUGCUAAGAGAAUCUAUGAAGCUGCUUUAGGCACACCCGAGGGUCAUUUGAUUAUGUUUCUUGCUCAUAAUGGUCCCACAGGUCUAGGUUCUAAUGUGAACGACAUCUGUGGGAGAGAUUGGGUGUUUGGAGGUGGUGACCACGGUGAUCCAGACUUAGCAUGUGCUAUUUCCCAGUUGAAGGAGACAACCAAAUUAUCUAUCCCUUUGGUUGUGUUUGGUCACAUGCACAAAGAACUGGCUUAUGGAAAUGGACUUCGAAAGAUGAUAGUGGUUGGGGCUGACAAUACUACAUACCUAAAUGGUGCCAUUGUUCCUAGAGUUAAAAGAUUGGUGGCUGAUGAACAAGCUACAAACGGCAGAACCUUAAUGAAUAAUGAAACCUCAGUUUCUACACCAAAUGCAACAGGCACGGUACGAGCUUUCACUUUGGUAGAGAUAUCGGAUGGAAAAUUGAAGAAGAUAGCAGAGGCUUGGGUUUCUGUUAUCGGAGACAAGACAGCAUUAGAAGAGGAACACAUACUAUACAGCAGAGGUCAAGGCACCGGGAUUUCUGUGUAGUGGAUUCCCUUUUAGCAUGGCUUGUCAUACACUUAGCAUGUUACCUUGACGCACUGAUUUGUUGAUCAAUUUGUGUUCCCUUGUUUCCCAAAAUCUGAAACGCAAUUGUGGUUAUGAUUCAUAGAAUCUUACGAUUCACAAUUCAAUUCAUAUGAUUCGGUUCGAGUUUCAAACAAAA